AAUAAACUUGACACAUAUCGGAUGUUCCAAUUACUCAUUCCUUUUCUUCUCACACUGUCACAUGAAUAUCUUCGUUCCAAACAUCCAGAGUCUCUGUUCAAAGAUAAAUACCACCGAAAUAACCCCAAUUUUAUCUUCUCACCAAAUCGCCCCACUCAAUUCUCUCAUAUUCAACAUCCUACUCAAGUUACUAGCUACUCCUGCCUUAUUUUUUCCCCACUCUUCAACAUGAAGAUUCCGACCUUAACCAUCCUUCUCCCAAUCCUUCUCACCACAACCACAAACGCCUGGGAACUCACUAUCUGGCUUGCCAAUGGCAAGCAUGUUACUACACACGGCACCAUAGACUCGGGAUGUGUGACAUACAACUUCAACAUGAACUCGCCCGUCAAUCGGGCUGUAUUUAGUAAGAGUUUUUGGGCGAAAACCUUCGAAUUGUAUGAGCACAAAAAUUGUAGAGGCAAGGCUAGCUAUAGGGAAGGCCAGGGCGAGCAUUCGGUCGUCCCGCCAAGGAUCAUUAAGAGUUAUAAAGUCUACUAGCAGGGCGUAGAUGCAAAUAACCAGUGUAUCUUGCAUUCGUACGAACCAUAAGACGUUCGCUGUCUUAAUUCCUCCAGCCGACAAUAAUCUCAAUUCUACCAGGGCUGCGAACGAAACGCAUUUGAUAUACACAGCUACGAAACUCUCAGAUAUGGAGGGCUACUGAAUCGAAUGACAUCCAAGGCGAAUCAAACAGGAAUGCUUAUAGUCUUGCCUUUAUUGGUUUAUGUUACAGUACUGCACAGAUAGCUUCACCUCACUUAUUCAAACCCCACUAUCACUAAAGUUAAGCAUGUGUUUUUACACUGAAAACUUUACUAAAACACUAUAUUUCUUAAAGUAAUGGAGUUUUCGCG